AUUAGUGUAUCCCUGCAGAUCAAGGCAAAAGUGAAGAGGAGAGAUGGCACUCUUUGAAUGUUCUCUCUGACCACACUCUCUCUAGCGCCGUAGAUGAUACUCCUCACAGACAAGAUGCUGCCUCACCUGACCCUCACCGGUGCAUCCUGGACGCUGCUCUCCUGCCUAUUCUUAUUCCAGGUACAAGGUGAAGACUCCCAGAACAAAGUGCCCUCUCCACGUACCAGCUGUCCCACGGGAUCCAAGGCCUAUCGCUCCCACUGCUAUGCCUUGAUUGUGACACCCAAAUCCUGGUUUCAAGCAGAUCUGGCCUGCCAGAAGAGGAACUCAGGACACCUUGUGUCUAUUCUUAGUGGAGCUGAGGCUUCCUUUGUUUCCUCCCUGGUGAAUGGCACAGUGAACAACUACCGAGAGAUCUGGAUUGGGCUACACGAUCCAACGAUGGGUCACCAACCUAAUGGAGGUGGAUGGGAGUGGAGUAACUCCGAUGUGCUGAGUUAUCACAACUGGGAUGGGGACCCUACCUCUACUGUUAAUCGUGGCCACUGCGGGAGUCUGACAGCAACAUCAGGAUUUCUGAAGUGGGGAGAUCAUCACUGUGAUGAGGAAUUACCCUUUGUCUGCAAGUUCAAGUAAGAGAGAGGCAGCAUCCUGGGUUUAUCAUGAAGCUUAUAUUGACAAGGGAUCAUAUACAAAGAUUCAUUCAACAAAGCUGUGCUCACGUCCAAGUCCUGAAUCAGACUUAUUAUUCUAUUGUUUGUUUGUUUGUUUUUUGUCUUCUUUUAUCCAUCUCCUUCCCACUAUUUCAAGAUUUUCUGUAUGCUUUGAAAUCUUGAAGAUAAAUUUUAAAAAACUUUAUAA